CUGUCAGUCUGCCAGAGAACAUCGCUCUGAUCGGUCGUUCCGGAAACAGCUCAACUAACACUCUCACUGAGCAGCUUAUCUCCGUGUACAAUUAUUUACUGAGAAUGAUAAAGAGUAAGAUAGUAGAGGAUAAGCUUGAUACGCUUGUCUCACGGUACGCAGUGCCGAUCAUCGAUCUCGCACAUUGCGGUAAGAGUUCUUGCCCCAUCCACGGGAGAUGCGAGUAUACCCCCUUUUACUCAAGCAAUCUUUAUACAAUCGCACUGUUUAUAGGCAAAUCUGUGAUUAAUCGCGUUGGGCAACAGCUGGACAAGGCCCUCUCCGAGAAGGGGAUCGCUCUACUUGUGAAUCAUGGCAUUCCCGACGAGAAGAUCAAAGCUGCCUGGGAUCAAUUCGAUUACUUUUUGGACUUGCCAGCUGAGGUACGGGAUCGGUACAGCAGAAAAGAUGGCACAAACUAUGGCUACGUGAGCCCCGGAAUGGAACGCUUCGAUGGGAAGACGCCAGAGCUACGACAUACCUACAAUAUUUGCAAACUGGACGACAAGAACAUUCCAAGGGAGGCUGAGACACUGCCUGACUUCGCUGAGGAGAUCACGACGCUGGCCAAUGAUUUCACGGCCCUGUCCACCUUCAUACUGAAGGCACUGGAGGUUGCCCUGGAGACCCCUCCCAAGUGCUUUCUCGACAAGCACUCAGAGAUGCUUUCCGGGGAUGAUGUCAAUAUGACUACCCUGCGAAUGAUCUACUAUCCAGCGAUAGUGGACGAUGAGCCUGGUCAGAGCGAGGGGGCCGUUCGCUGCGGUGCCCAUGUGGACUAUGGCACGUUUACCCUGCUGGCUCAGGACUCUGAGGGCGGUCUGGAAGUGCAACUGCCUGGCGGUGACAAAUGGGAACGUGUGGGUCAUCUGCCUGGAUCAAUUCUCAUAAAUGGCGGGGAGCUCUUAUCCAUCUGGACAAGGGAACGCUAUCACGCUGUGCCACAUCGCGUCGUUGUACCUGAGAGGGCCCAGAUACGCACUAGGGGCAGACAUUCCAUUGCUUAUUUUUGUCACCCGGAUAACUCGACGAUGAUUUCGCCCAAGGAUAUUCUUGUUAAUCUAACGGAAGCCGCAGAGGGCUCUGCGGACGAGAAAAUUUACAGUGCCUAUGAGCUAAUUCAGAAAAAGUUUUCUGACACGUACGGCCCUUCUUCUCAGGAAAGCAAUGAAUCUUAAGCAAGAAUUUAGUUUGAACUUCAUACAUUCAUAUGCCAUACA